AUGGCUGCUGAAUCCUCUAUGUAUCAAAUGGAUUACUCCGUUCGCUCUGAUGAGUGGCUUGACUUUGACAACACCUUCGAGUUCCCUACGGGGUAUCUGGAGAGCAACCCGCCAUCGCUCGAGUCAAUCUCUCCCAAGGAUCUCGAGCUGGUGUACAGUGAUGCUGAUGCGCUGAACUGGGACAUGGAUGCUGCCCAGUUCUCGCAACCAGCUUUCUCUGACUUGCUCACCUUUGAGGAACCCUUGAUAGGGGCCACUGACAUGCCAUUGAACAUGAUCGAUUCCAACACCAACCUCCUCGAACCAUCCAACUCAGGGUUCGACGACUCAUGGUCCUCAUUUGCUCCUCUAGAUACGACAGAGUCUUUCUACUCACCUUCCCUAUUCCGACAAACCGUCGAGUCCCGUGCAGCUGCCGAUCCGCGCUGCUUCUCGAAAAAGGAGAAGCGCCUCGAGGCAUCCAUCUCGCUGCAUCUGCAACGUCUGCAAGACGCUGCUGUGGCCGAUAUGAGCCAGACUUCCGACUCAUGUGAUGACUUCUCUCCUUGCUGGCCCGAUUCGGUCGCUGGGAGCUCACAGUCUCGUGGCAGUCCAUCUACCACAUCGACCUCUGAUCCACCUUCGAAAUCAUCCAGUCCCCCGUCCUCGGCACCGAGUUCGGCUGGCGGCGGGAUGGAACUGGUUUUGGAUCUGAAUAUGAACGCGACGACCAACCUCCCAAAGAAGCAGAAGCCGCGGUCCCAGGCUCAAAAAGAGAACUACAUCAAAGUUCGCAAGCAUGGGGCUUGUGAGAAACAUCGAAAACAACAUAAACGGUGCAACUGCCUGGAGAAGACGGUCUCUCGUGCUCUCAACGAUUCCGCCAUUGCAGCGCUAGGCCAACCCACCAAAGCGCGACUGGAAGUCCGGAAUACUGGACAGAACUUUUUCAUUGCUACCAGGCCAGCAAUCACCAGCGCGACCCCGGUUCUACAACCCACAGCCGUGGACAGAACCCGUGCUGUCAAAGCUGUUCCUGGUUCGCUGCAAUCAAAGGUUGCCGUUUCGCCAACGGAAACGACCAAUGCUCAGCACACAGAGCGCUCUACCUACAGCUCUGGCGGAUUUGCCAACACCGCGCACGUGCAUCUACAGGUCCGGCAAACGCACAAGGAGGCAAGACCUUCGCGUGCCGCCAUCCAAACCCAUGCGGUACCCGGCUCGCUGGUAACGCAACCCACGCAUACACCGACCGUUACAGUUACGCCCACGACCCGGCAACCUGGCACGCUACGCGCUGUCCAAUGUACUGCUGGCGUGCUGCACGAGUCUGGCGUGCUUAGGCCGUUCAGAAUCCGCUCGACGACCCAACAAGAUGUUGGAAGUCGCUCCGAAACCCAAACUCAAACCAACAAGCACUCGAGAGGCAAAGAAAGUUCGUAUAUCGACAGCGGCACGAGGUACUCUGGAGCGCAACCGAAGGUUGGCCAGCAUCCUGUUCUUCCACAAUCCGCGGACAUCCCCGUCCGUCGCUCGGUUGCACAGAGUGUUGCUCUCCUCGAAUCCGCCAGAACGGCUGUUCUGGACACAGCUCUAGCGUUCUCUGCCUUCUGGCAAAGCUCCACAUCGCUUACUUCUUGGGCUGGGACUCUCCUCGGCCGUCUGGUGCUAUCCUCCUCCCGUCAGCAUAGGCUGUUCAGGAAGGGAAUGGGACUGGCCUAG